AUGGAGAGGGGAAAUCACACAGUGACUGAGUUCAUCUUGCUGGGCUUCUCAACAGACCCGGUAAUGCAAAUGUUCCUUUUUGUCCUGUUCCUUGGAGUAUAUUCUCUGACAUUACUAGGAAACACUACCCUCAUCAUAUUGAUCUGCAAUGACUCCAGGCUCCACACACCGAUGUAUUUCUUCAUUGGAAAUCUGUCUUUUCUGGAUCUCUGGUAUUCCUCUGUCUAUACUCCAAAGAUCCUAGUGACCUGCAUCUCUGAAAACAAAAGCAUCUCCUUUGCUGGAUGUCUGUCUCAGUUCUUCUUCUCUGCCGGAUUGGCCUAUAGUGAAUGCUACCUACUGGCUGCCAUGGCUUAUGAUCGCUAUGCAGCCAUCUCCAACCCCCUGCUUUAUGCUCAAGCCAUGUCAAGGAAGUUGUGCAUCUCUUUGGUUGUGUAUUCCUAUACAGGAGGAUUUGUCAAUGCAGUUAUAUUAACUAGCAACACAUUCACAUUGGACUUUUGUGGUGACAAUGUCAUUGAUGACUUUUUCUGUGAUGUUCCACCUCUCAUAAAGCUGGCAUGUGAUGUCAGGGAGAGUUACCAGUCUGUGCUGUACUUCCUCCUAGCCUCAAAUGUCAUUACUCCCACUCUGCUCAUCUUGGCCUCUUAUCUCUUCAUCAUUGCUGCCAUCCUGAGAAUCCGCUCCACCCAGGGCCGCCUCAAGGCCUUCUCCACCUGCUCCUCCCACAUCAUCUCUGUAACCUUGUACUAUGGCUCCAUCCUCUAUAUCUACUCUCGUCCAAGUUCCAGUUACUCCCUAGAGAGGGACAAAAUGGUGUCUACCUUUUAUACUGUAUUAUUCCCCAUGUUGAACCCCAUGAUCUACAGUCUGAGGAAUAAAGAUGUGAAGGAAGCACUGAGAAAACUUGUCAAUCUCGCUCCUUCUGACAUCUAA